AUGAAAAGUUUCAAACUCAUCUCAAUUUAUAUCAUAUCACUUCUCUUUUAAGUUUCUUAUACUUUGAAAGCUAAUGGGUGGAAGUCUUAGUCUAUAUAUUAAGUGCUUACAGAUAGAAUAGUAAUCGAUGGGGAGCCAAAAUGUGCAACACUCAAGGAAUACUGUGGAGGAACCUUCAAUGAUUUGAUCUAAUUGCUGCCACAUAUAAUUGACUUGGGCUUUACUGCUAUUUAUAUUUCACCUUUCAUAGAGAAUACUGAAUUGGGGUAUCAUGGCUACUGGGCUUAGAAUAUAUACAAAGUCAACUCUAACUUUGGAACUGAAUAGGAGCUGAAACGUUUCAUAGCUAAGGCGCAUGAGUAGUAGAUUCUAGUGAUGGUAGAUGUGGUGUUUAAUCAUGUAGGCUAUGUACCUGAGGGCAAAGUCUUUGACGAUAUAGUGCCAUUCAACAAAGACAAGCACUAUCAUGAAUAAUGCGAAAUAAGUCCACAAGAUUUUGAAACUAAUAACAUACAUGCAAUUGAAAACUGCAGAUUAUUUGGACUUCCAGACUUAAACACAGAGAGUGAUGAAGUCAAAGAUCUACUCUUCAAUUGGAUCCGAAAUGAUGUCGUUUUAAAGUAUGGCUUUGAUGGAAUCAGGAUCGACACAGUCAGACAUGUCAAUAAAAGAUUCUGGUAGGAACUCAAUCUUGUUCUUAGUGGCACUAAUACCUUUGCUAUUGGAGAAGUUUCAAGUUAGAGUCCUUCUAUCGUAGGGGAUUACUAGACCUAAGCUGGCUUGGACUCAGUUUUAGAUUUCCCAUUGUAUCAUAAGAUGAAUGAAGUGUUUGCAAAGCGAUACCCAAUAGCAAGUCUUUAAGAGUAAUAUAUGAACCAGAAGAACUAUUUCUCAGAUAUGAGUCUGCUCGGUGUAUUCGUGGACUGCCAUGAUGAGGCUAGAUUGUUUAAUAAGUUAAGUAGAUUUGCAGCAGAUAAAGAGGAUUUAGCUCUGGGAUUAAAUGCUCUAACUUAUGCUUUUAUGAGCUAUGGUAUACCAAUACUUUACUAUGGCACUGAGGGUAGACUCAAUGGUGGGAGUGAUCCACUGAACAGAGAAAUUUACAAUCCCUUUAAAGAGGGUGCAGUUGAUCAAACCAUGGCUAAAUAUAUCAAAGUACUCAACUAAGUUAGGUCUAGUCAUGAAACAUACAACUAUGAGCCAGAGUUUAAAUAGUCAGGGUAAGACACAUUGAUUUUCAACAAGGGACCAGAAGUGUUAGUAAUUGUAACUAAUACUGAAAAUGUACAUCAAACUAUGUUCCUUUAAAACCACCCCUUCAAGCAAGGAGACAAGCUCUGCAAUGCUUUUAGCGAUUGGGAUUGUGUAACAGUAGAUGAAAAUAAGAGGAUAAAAAUAACAAUAAUCCAUGGCUAUCCAAAGAUAUAUAUCCUAAAUAAUGAACUUCCACCAGAUUAAAACAGGCUUAACUUCUAUCAAGGGCUUUUUAAGAAUGCAAUGAUAGUGAUAUUCUUUAUAGUGAUGGCUAACAUACUGCAUUUCAGUGGAAUUCUUAACAUGAUAACUGGAGGAAAUCACAUUCCAUUCAAGCACGAUCACAAUCAUCAUAACGACCAUAAGAGACUGUGA